AAAGACACCGAAGGAGGCUGCCUUGUUCUGGCCCGGAGCACCGGAGUAUCGCACCGGCUGGAUUGAGGGGGUCGCCCGCCCGCGGAGGCGGCGUGUGUGAUUUCGAAAGUGUAGCCGUUUUGAAUCUUUCGCUUCUCCCUCCCACCAUCGCCACCUCCCUGGCCCCCCGUAUAGCGGCGCGGCACCGCCUGCGACCCGAGUCGAGGAGCGGGGUGGUGUGUGGUGCUCGCCGCCGGACCGGAGAGGUGUAGCUGCUAGGGUCCAGAGGAGAUGGCGUUGAGGUUUCGGUCGUUCUUCCCCUACACGUUGCCUGGCGUGCUGGCGCUGAUAGGCUGGUGGUGGUACACCUCUCGCAAGAAAGGGCGACUCGCCGAGCGCACCAAGGAGGAGGCCGCCGGCGCCGGCACGGUGCUGCCGGAGGCCUGCCGGCUCCCCGCUCCCUCCGGCGAAGGAAGCAAUGGGAUCGUGGAGAAGAGCUGCCCCCGGCAGGCCUCGGACAGGAAGCCGCAGAAGAGCAAGAAAGACGCCGCAGAGGAGCAGGAAGUUGUCGCAGAAGUCCACACCGUGAUGGCGGAGCCACCGGCCAAGGAGGAGGGCCCAGUGCCGUCCAGCGAAACGCUGGGAGCCUCGUUAGCCCCCUCCGACGUUGGCGGUUCGGUUGCAGAGCUUGAUGCCAAGGCCGAGCCAGCGUUGCAGGAGAGCAGGGCCGUGCCCCGCCUGCUCGAGGCUGCCUUCCCCCAUCGGCCAAAAACCGCGGAGCAGAGCCUCCUGUUGCAAGGACCAGGGGAAGCUGGGUUGAGUGCAGGCGCUCCGCUGCUGGAGGGGAUGCAGGUGGCCACAGCCUUCAUCUCGGCGCCUGGAAAACAAACGACCAAGAAGGACGAAGGCAAGGCAGCAGUGCUGCCGGCCUCCCGGUCGAAGGAAACCAAGAUCUCCUCCGCCGCGGAACUGGCCGAAGCCGUGAGGCCGGAGCCAGAGGGAGAAGUGGCGGCGGACAAAAUCGCGGUGCCUUUCGCCGAGGAGCUGCAGCCCGGAGCGGCGAAGGAGAGCCUCUCCUCCAAAGGCGACCUGCACGCCGCGCCGGCGGUGGAGGACCAGAGCCCCCCAUCCGGUCGCAAGGACCCCCCCUGCUCGGAAAUCCCGGCAGCUUUCGUUUCCUCCUGCCACGUCGCGUCCACCCCCGCCCAGCCGCCCAAGCCUGGGGCGGAGGGCGCCCCCGAAGCGGAGGGGUACAGCAGGCCCCAAGAGAACGGCUUGCCCGCGGGCCUGGCGGAACGGCGCGGGAGCAUCGAUGAGCUGGAGCGGCUGGCAGCCGGCCUGAUCACGGAGGUGAUUUCGGCGGCUGCGCAGGAGGUGACGCUGGUCGGCCGCCGCGGCGACGCGGGGAAUGGACAGGGGUGCGGGGCAGCCGUGGGGGAACAGCACUCGAGGAGCGCACAGGAGGAUGGGGAGACGGGCGGCAGCUGCCUGGCCAAUGGGAAAGCGUGCAUGGUGUGUGACCAAGUCAAGGGGGAUGAAGGCCAGACAACCCAGGAGGUGGAGCGCUCGGCACAGGAGCGCUCCGGCGCAGCAGCAGCACUUGCCACGUUAACUUCGGAAGGAGAGGAUACGAAGGAAGAGCCGAAAGGAAUGCAGGCGCCCGUCUGCCCGGCCGCACGGAAUGGCUCCUUACCGCCUCUCGCGGAGGAGAAUGGGAUCAGUGGGAACAGCAGCAGGUGGAGAGCUGAGAGAGGGCAGAAAAGUCACUCCGUGGGCUUGGCUGAGGGCAAGAAGGAAGCAGUGCCUCAGAGCCUGGUGAGGCUCCAGGUGGAGGAGCUUGCGGCUGGUGCAGAGGAUUCUGGGUGCAGCACGUGCCAGUCGGAAGAUGGGAUCAGCAGUGAGGACCUCCUGCAGGGCACAGGGCUGUCCUGUGUGGUGCCCGAGAGCAAAGAGGACCUGUUGAAUGAUUUGGUGGUGGAAGUAGCCUCAGAGGGGCAGUGUACAGGGUCGGGUUCAAGUUCAGAACAGUCUCCAGCAGCAGCUGUGCUACCGACGCACAGAACCACAUGUGCGGGCAGGGGGCUUAAUGGCUCCUCCCUCAGGAACGGAGGACACUGGACAAACGAAGCAGAGGGAGAUCAUUCUGGAGGCUCCGAUGUCAACAGCAUGGACUCUGUGGACAGCGGCUGCACGCUGGGAGCCGGCGAGGCCAAGCGGGGCACCGGCCAGCCUCCGCAUCCGCAGAAGUCGGAGCUCACCAUCUGGGAGAUAGAGGUGCCGAAGCAUCUAGUUGGGCGAUUAAUUGGGAAACAGGGAAGAUACGUGAGCUUCUUGAAGCAAAGCUCGGGUGCAAAGAUCUACAUUUCAACACUGCCUUACACUCAGGAGUUUCAGAUCUGCCACAUAGAAGGUACACAGCAGCAAGUGGACAAAGCGCUGGGGCUGAUUGGGAAGAAAUUCAAAGACCUGGACCUCACCAACCUCUAUGCCCCUCCUCCCCUCCCGCUGACCCUGCCAUCUCUGCCAAUAACGUCGUGGCUCAUGCUUCCCAGCGGUGUGACGGUGGAGGUCAUCGUGGUGAACAUCGUCUCGGCGGGGCACAUGUUUGUACAGCAGCACACGCAUCCCACCUACCACGCGCUGCGCAGCCUGGACCAGCAGAUGUUCCUGUGCUACUCUCAGCCUGGCAUCCCCACCCUGCCCUCUCCUGUCGAAGUGGGAGUGAUCUGUGCCGCCCCAGCGGUGGAGGGGGCCUGGUGGCGCGCCCAGGUCAUCGCCUUUUAUAAAGAUUCCAACGAAGUGGAGAUCCGGUACGUGGACUACGGUGGCUACGAGAGGGUCAAAAUCGACCUCCUCCGGCAGAUCAGAUCGGACUUUGUAACAUUGCCUUUCCAAGGAGCAGAAGUAUUAUUGGAUAACAUUGCACCCCUGCCAGGAGAGGACAGAUUUUCUACAGAGGCAGACUCAGCACUUGAGGAAAUGACCAGGGGGGUUGCUCUGCUAGCACAGGUCACAAAUUAUGACAGUAGCACUGGCCUCCCUCUGAUACAGCUGUGGAACAUGGUUGGGGACGAGCUGGCGUCGGUGAACCGGGCUCUGGUGGAGAGAGGGCUCGGCACUUGGAUAGAGAACUUCUGAGCCCCGCUGGCUAAAGAGCCCCCCACCCCCUCUCCUGGCCUUCCUGUACACGUUUUCCUUUACUCUGCACACUGGAAUUAGGCUUGGCAGCUGAGCUCUGACCGUACUGAAAUGUUUUACUUCAUGGAUAGCACUUCCUGCUAGUUUAAAUCACUGUGGUGGGGGGCGUUUUCUUUGGGAGAAGUGGUUCGUGCUCACGUUUUUCCUGACUCAGUGUAAACUUUUUGUGUCGGAAGAAAACCAAUAAACAAAGAACCACUUUCUCGUAAGCCGACCUUCCCAAAAGUGAAAAUACUUAUGUCCUUGUAAAUUUCUAUAACGGUAUCUCUAUAGUAAACUAAAUAAAGAUGAAUCAGAUUUCCGUCCACCCUGACAUUUCUUGCAGCCCUUCGGCGCACUGUCCUGUGGAGUAGCUGUCCAUGGAAGUGUAGCUGUGCUGAAUGAAGGACCUGCGCACUGUACAUUUGUGCAGAAUUAGUUAAUAAAGGCAGUUUCCCCUAAGGCAGGUCUUGACAUAAGUCUGAGCUCCUUUCCAAGGAGCUGGGGUUUAGUUUUGAAGAUCCAUUCCCAAAGCCAGGCUCUCAGAGGUGACCUGUGGCGGUGGUGCUGACGCAGGCCUGCCCACCGCUACGCGAGCCGUCCAACAGGACAGUUUCUGCCCUGCCUCUUGCGGUUUACAGCUGCGGCCCGGGGGGCGGGAAUGAUCUUGGCACGCUAUGCUGCCCUUUUCCGACUCCGAAGGAGAAAUGGGAGCAAGCUCCUUUCUGCACCCUCUGGCUUCCCCUUAAAAACUGUGGUCUUAAAGGAGGCUCUUCUGUCAUCUAUCCAUUGAGUGACCUUGGACUGGAGCUGCUGAAUCCCACUUCUCCGUGGAAUCCAGGUCCGGGAUGCCUUUGUUUACCCAUCGGCCACUUAUGUUGCUCCGUGAAUUUUGCUCUACCUAACCUACCACUACGUUAACCACUUUUUAUGAUGAGGAACAUCGUUUGAAGCUGCUGAGAUGCUUUGUUGAGAGGUUAUUCUUGGAAAUGUUUUUCUUCAAGACUUCAGAUUAGCCCCCUCCCCUCCCCCCCUCGCCCGUCGCUCCAGGGAAUUCUGGGAGAGAACUACAAACUUUUUGUGGAAAUCGCAACCCAACUACAGCGUCCUGUGGAGGAGAAUGCCCCCUAGGAUCGGGAGCUGAGAAUCGGGUAACUCCUGCCUUUCCAUGUCAAUAGGAAUCGGAUGGUGCUGGUUCUCCGGUUGGAAUGAAGCUGCUUUUUGUGUGACCUGACCUCGCGUUUAGGCUCUUGCAUCAGAGGCUGCACUAUUAACAGGUUCCACAGUUUCAGUUCUUACUGAAUUUCACCAGUGAGUUAACUUUUUUUUAUUCAAGAUUUUCAGCAUUUCACCAAGUUACCCUCAUUAACAGGAUAUUAAAACGUUUCACAUGGACGAACCUUUUGGGACUGUGCAACAGGACUGAAUAAAAAUUAAUUUUCAUAGGUGGUAUUUUCUCACAUUGUUUUAGCCUUAUCUUACUGCCCUUCAUACUGGUGGUCAUUCAGACUUCAGUUUGAUAGCUUAAGGUUUUUUCUCAGAACUUGGAUGAAAGUUGAAUGUUUUUAACCUCUUCUUGGAUAAGUUAUGAUGGUGUGUUUGGGGAGUGGGCCUUCUGUGUUUUAUGUUAAAUUUUAAACAAUUUAAAUGUGUACGAGUUGUCAAAGCUGAUUUUCCUCAAUUUAAACAGUUCCUCUUCCUUUUACACCCACUGUCAUCCCAGUUUUUUUAUAUUUGGAAUAUAAAUCCUGAAUAUUAGUGUUCUGGGAAAUCAAAUUCCAUAUUUUUGGUUUGUGUUAAACCAGACCUGCAGCUACUUUACUUACUGCUAUAUUUCAGGUUGUAGACUUUCACUGUGGCAUUUAAAAAAAACAAACAUCACCCUAGUGUGAUAUCUGCUCCACUGUGGAGGUGUUUCUAUAGCUGAAUCACUGUACUAACCCAUGGCUACAGCACUUAAUAGGAGUCUCUAGGUUUGCACUACAUGGUUGUGUACUGUAUUUAAUACUGAGAACGGGGGACGCUCAUUUCCAGAAAGGCUUGAGAGUGUGUGGAACAAACUGCCCAGACAUGUUAAAGUCAUUACUCUGGAUUCUUUCAAGAAACAGCUGGAUGAGCCCCUUGGUUUCAUUAGGCUCUAACUACCAAGUAUUCUGGAUAGUCUUAUAGCCCUGUUAAAAUGUUUAGCUUCUCCUUGUAGUCUUGGCUGUUGGCAAGUGUGCAGCCUUGCUAUACCUCAGAUGGAGGAUUAUCAUGAAGAGCACUUGUAUAAGUUGCUGACUAAUUAUUCUACAUCAUAUGAGAGCUAUAUUGAACUGCUCGUGGUCGUCUGGGGUUAGAAUGAAAAUAUCACCUAGAAGCGUCCUUUUGUGCACUUAUUUAUCGAAGUAGGCUAUGUGGUUGCACUUAAAAUUUAAGAUUUACCUUUAAUACAGAAAUAUUGCCAUGAAGAACCUCUUACAGUUGGAUUGUUUCUCCGACUUGAUGCCACGACUUCGUUGUGCGAAAUGAGUUCCUUCUCGUAGUUGUUGGCUUUCAGGGUGUUUCUGAUGUUUGAGACCAGAUAUUUCCAGAGCAAAAUUGACUCUACUGUAGGUUUGGAACAGAUUUGAUUGGCCAUCAUGUUUGAAAAGUCUACAUUGUCUCAAAAACUGCUUUCUUGAUUGUCAUUUCCUUUCAAGAUCUGCUGGUGUUACUAGGAUUUUCUUCUGACUUGUGCUGCUGUUUCAUGAAACCUGAGUCAUUUUAGAAUUGCGGUUUUAACUCUAGACACAAGGCCAGGCCUCUGUACCCAGAUUGUCAUGUCAGUCUCCUGUUUUGUUAUUGAUACCCGUUUGUGAAUUUUAAACUGAUUUUGUUAAUCAUUCACCAGUUCCUUUUCAUCUUCAUGCAUCCAGGUGCAUUUGAGGUUUUAAUGUUAAGUCAAAACGUCUGUUCUUUUUUCCAUGUGCUUUCCAAUUUUCAUCCCAAAGGAGCCCACUUCUGUGCUUGCAGCCUCACUACACAGCAGCUCAGGUGAAUGAGUAAGAAACCGUUUCAUCACUUAAAUUAAUUGGACAAUGUAGGGAGGCCAGAUUUUGCAAGCCCCAGAGUGGACAGAAGUUACCCCCCCCCAACUCUUAAAAAUUGUGCCUUGGGAUCUUUAGUAACUGAACAGUCAAGACCUGUUUCAUGCCUCAUUUGAUAAAUGGAAACAAGUGUUUCCAAUAACCAUAUGAAGGCAUUGGUGUUCAAAAAUCUGGUCUGUAAGCAGGAGAGACACCUACUGGUCCACCAACACUACACAGCAGCAACCUGGUUUUCCUUGGAGGCCUCUUGCCCCAGUACUGGUCAGUCCAUUGUUCUUAGCUUCUGAGAUCUGACAAGAUCAUAUCUGGUAAAACUGCCAUUGAAAGAAUGUUCAUUUUCUUUUGCUUUAAAUUUCAAUUUUUAUAUAAACCUCUGUUCUAUACGUAUGAUUAAACAUCGACAGGAAUUAAUGAUUAAAAGCUGACAUGAUUUUAUGAUUUCAACUCACUACAGGAAACUAAAUGAAAAGGCUUUAAAAAAACUGAACGUAACUGAAUUUUUUUUUAAGGAGAUGGUGGAUAAUUUUGUGUCCUAUGAUCUACUGUAAUGUUUAAUUUGGGAUUACAGGCAGCUUUUGACAGCCACUUACCUGACAUUGUUCCGCUUUUAACCCAGUUUUUACGCCGUUAGAUUUGAUUGCUGGAUGUUACACAAGUUAUGCUCGGUUAUGAUGGACGACAUUCAUCACAUUUGUAGCGGACAGGUUUUCUGUUAAUUGCGUUUUAAUUUUUCCGUUUUAGUUUGUAAUCUGCCUCACAUCUUGGCAUGUGAGGGUGAGGAGGAGAACAGGCAGAGCACAAUAUGAGUGGGAUGGUUAUCAUUCCCAUUUUAUCAUCUAGUGUUCAGUGGAUGUUAAAGACAGUGUAGUUGUCUGCCUCAUUGCUGACCAAAGCUCAAGUUUCCCUUGUUUGCAUCUGGCUCUGAAAAUGCUUUUACAGUUUCAUUUGGUAACUUCGCAUCCCUGCUGGGAGUCUUCUCACCACACAGAUACAAAAUUGUAAAGGACUGCUGAGUUAAGUCUCGUAAACCAUUGAGUGACAGUGCUAACGACUUCAUUUCCUUAUUAGUAUUGAUGUCUUGUGCUGGUUGCUUCCCGGAGCUCAUUUUUUAAUGGUUAAGGAAUAUAACAGUCUGACGCCCUGCUACCACUGUAAUUAUUUACAGCAGAGGUUUCCAAUCAUGGUUCCUGGAGAUCCACACACCAGCUGCUUUUUUGUUCCACCUGUGCACUCAAAUAACUGAACUUUCAAUAGAUCAUAUAGGUUUGAUUGUAACCUUUUCAGUUCCUAAAGAUGUAGGAGGUUGCCUUUUAACUAUUGUUUUGCAACUUAAGAUCUUCAGCUUUCGGGUAGAAAAACUUGCACAGGUUCCAGCCACGGGGCUUGUUGGCUCAAGGAAGAGUUAAUUUCUGGAUGUGGUGCAGCAGGUGUGGGGUUCCCCAGGACCGACGGUGAGAAACUGGGGUGCAUGUUUUCCGUCCUGCCGUCAAUGACGAGAGAGGGGUGAGAAGAGCCGCCUGCGAGCAACUUGAGUGCAUCCUCUCCUAGGGUCGUACUCUUGUAUUUUUGGAAAACUCGCAGUUGAGCACAACAGGCUGCAGAGGGGAACGGGUGGCACCAGCUAUGAAUAAGGAAGUGGGAUGGUUAUCAUGACCAUUUCAUGGCCUAGUGCUCAGUACAUGUUGCCAAUCCAAGCAGCACCUUUUGGUGACAUUUGCCGUGACUUCCGAUAUCAACUCGGGGAACCACCCAUUCGUGGUUCUUGGGUGUUUGGCUUUCUGUUGCUCUUGAGGCAUUUUUUUUUACAUCCAGUCUUAGCUAGCCUGACUAGUCACCCUCCCCCACACUCCUAUAAGAACUUUGAGCUGCAGUGUUGAGCUGUUUUUUUACUAGUGUUGUCCUCACCCCCUCCUCCUGUGUCCCAGAGGUUCAGUAGUGGUUUACUGGCCUUAGAGGGGAUCAGCAGAGAGUUGCCCGUCUGCAAUGUUGAACACAGUAAUGUAUUCAUCAGAAUGUUUGACAACUUAAGUGGCUGUUCACAAACCUGUUGGUGUCUCUGUUAAAACCAUGUAUGCAUUCUUUAUUUACAGUAAUAUCACUUGUUUUGGUUAGGCACUUCUCUGUCUUGUGCACUUGAAUAUUCGUGCAUAAAAGCUGGAUGUUGCCCACUCAUAUUCCGUUGACAAAACACAGAAGAAAGCAGAUUUGUAACGUGCACUUCUGCCAGCAAGAAAGACAAGGUGGGGCAUACUUGAUAAAUAUACAAUUUUUAUACAUCACAUUUUAGACAAGUGUUUGACUUCCUCAAGGCCUUUGUUAAGAUUUGUGGGGAACAUGCUACAUCUGGAACAUCUGAAUCAUUUUAUGAAAUUAAGGCUUUUUUUUUGGCUCUCAACCCUGCCAGGCCUGAUUGUCAAUCUAAUGAGAUUUCUUGGGUUGUGCAGAUCUAUGUAAAUAGAAAAUAUUUCACUGUACUUUUUGUAUAACACUGGGGGAGUGUAAAUGAACAUGGGAACUUUUUUUUUCCUCCUCAAUUCAAUUACUGUUCUCCAGGUAGGGCUGGUUUGAAGUGUUUCUUAGCUAGAAAACUACAAGAGAAGACAAUUUGCUAUAAAUAAAAACUAAGUGAUCCUGCCCAGAGCGUCUGUGUGUACAGGUCAUUUCAUUUUGUUAAGACUCACUAUGGUUUGAUUUUUGGUUGUACAGAUAUAUCAAAAAAGAAAAUAAAGAUAUUUAAAAAAGGCUU